CCAAUCUGGUGUCUUUAGCUAUAAAUUACACUCACAUGAGCAAUCACUUCUCCCCCACUGCAGGCUGGUGGGAGGAGUGGAGACAGCAGCAAGGCGUUUCCUACAGAAAAAGUUACAGCUCCCUAUAUGGCUAACCACUCGUGUGCUGUAUGUGUGGAGGGCACGGACGCAGAGCGGCACAUCUGAUCAUCAGAGUCUCCUGACCACCCGUCAUCCAGCUGAAGUGUCCUUGAGCCAAGCGCCGACUCUCUGCCAGGUACAGAGAAACCCGAUCCAGCAUGGAGUGGAGGCGGGCUGCUCUGGUCGGCCUCAUCAUGGCGGCGUGUUUCUGCAGCAGCGGCGCUCAGACAACAGUCUGUACCGAAGAGGCCGUGGCAGACAUCGUCUUCCUGGUCGAUGGCUCGUGGAGCAUCGGCGCCGAGAACUUUGAGCAGAUCCGCCAGUUUCUGUUCACGCUGGUCGAUAGCUUUGAUGUCAGCCCUGAUCACGUCCGCAUCGGCCUUGUCCAGUACAGUGACAAUCCACUCACAGAGUUUCUGCUCAACACCUUUGAGAACAAGGAGGACAUCCUCAACAACAUCAUCAAACUGCCUUACAGGGGGGGCGGCACCAUGACCGGUAAAGGCUUGGAAUUCAUGUCGAACGAACACUUUGUGGGGAAAGCUGGAAGCCGAGCUGCGCAGAAAGUGCCGCAAAUUGCUGUGGUGAUCACUGAUGGCAAAUCCCAAGACGAUGUAGAGUCUCAUGCUAAGAACCUGAGGAGAAGAGGGAUUGUUUUGUAUGCAAUUGGUAUCAAAGAUGCAGAUGCAAGCCAGCUGAGGGAGAUUGCAAAUGACGAUCAGCAUGUUUACAGUGUGUCAGAUUUUGCAGCGCUGCAGGGAAUUUCUCAGAACAUCAUCCAGACGCUAUGCACAACUGUAGAAGAAGCCAAACGACAACUCCUGCAACUGUCUCCAGAAUGUGCCAGAGCCACCGUGGCAGACAUCGUCUUCCUGGUUGACAGCUCAACUAGCAUUGGCGUUGAUAACUUUGAGGAAAUUAGGCAGUUUCUCCGAAGUUUCAUUUUAGGCCUUGACAUCGGCCCUGACAAAAUUCGGAUUGGCUUGGCUCAGUAUAGCGACGAGACCUACCAGGAGUUUCUGCUGAAAGAUCACAUGGACAAGGAUUCUCUGCUGGCUGAAGUCGAUCAGUUUCCAUAUCGAACAGGAGGCACAGAAACAGGAAAGGCCAUUGACUUCCUCCAGUCAGUGUACUUCACUCAGGAGGCAGGGAGCCGGGCGAGCCAGCGAGUUCCUCAGUUUGCUGUAGUCAUCACAGACGGGGACUCCACGGAUGACGUAGUCGAGCCCGCCAAGCGCCUGCGCGAUCAAGGAGUUAUCAUAUUUGCCAUUGGGGUGGGAGAUGUUAACAAGCAGCAGCUCGAGUCUAUCGUAAACCUACCUGCACACCACUUCCUUUACACUAUCGAUAGCUACCAGGCUCUACAGCGGCUAACAGACAGUCUGCUGCAAACUGUAUGCAUCUCCGUGGAGAGUCGGAGUCAAGCGUUGGCAGAAAAGUUUGCAGACAUUUUCUUCCUGGUGGACAGUGGCAUCAGUCAAGCAGAUUUCCAGCAGGUCAGAACCAUCCUGGUCCGACUGGUCAAUCAACUCAACAUUGGAGCUUCUGGCAACCGUCUCGGACUGGCCCAGUACGGUACGGUUACCAAAGUGGAGUUUCUCCUUAAUGCUUUCCAAACCAAAGAGGCGACGCUCACUGGUGUAAGGUCCUUCCGCCAGAGCCGACUUAAGCCCAAUCAGCCACGCAACCUGGGCAGCGCACUGGAGUACGCCAGCUCUAAUUUCUUCACAAAUGAAUCAGGAAGUCGGGCAUCCCAAGGCUUCCGACAGUUUCUGGUUGUUCUAAGUGGAAAAGACUCAGAUGAUCCAGUUUUUAAGCAGACACGUCUGAUCAAAUCACUAGGAGUAACUACCGUGGGAGUGAGCUUCGGUGCAUCAAUGGACGAAAUGCGUGUAAUAGCCACGGCGCCGUACGUGUACGAGUCUACCUUCAAUGCAGUGCCCACCCUAAAGACCAUUUUUGAAAGAGAGGAAGAGGAGAUCACUCUCACUCAAGACUGCAAAGCAGCCAAACUGGCGGACUUCGUCUUCAUCGUGGACGAGUCGGGAAGCAUCGGCUCUGAGAACUUCGACCUGGUGCGCUCUUUCCUGCUGUCCAUUGUCAGCGGCUUUGACGUCGGUGACAAGAGAGUCCGGGUGGGUAUCGUUACGUACAGCGACCAAGCCACAGCGCUGGUCUACCUCAACAGCUUUAAUGAAACGGACAGUUUGCUGAAUUUCAUCAAAAUCCUGCCUUAUCGCGGAGGUGGUACAAACACCGGAGCUGCCCUCAACUUCACUCGCGAAAAUAUUUUCACGGAGGACGCUGGAAGCAGGAAAGAUAAGGGCGUUCAGCAGGUGGCGGUCGUGAUCACAGACGGCAAAUCGCAGGAUAACGUCACCGAGGCGGCAGCUGCUCUCCGCCGUGCUGGCGUCACCGUUUACGCUGUGGGAGUCCAAAGUGCCAACGAGGCUGAACUGAACCAGAUAGCGUCCCACCCCCCCAACAAGCACGUGUUCAUAGUGGACACUUUUGACAAGCUGAAAGGUCUGAAGAAGAACCUGCAGAAGACUCUUUGCUAUAACAUCAUUCACCAGGCGGUCUCAGUCAGCACAAGAAGAGCUGGCAUCAAAGAAGGCUGCGUGCAGACCGAUGAAGCAGACAUGUUCUUCCUGAUCGACCACUCGGGAAGCAUUCACCCCAAUGACUUCUAUGACAUGAAGAAGUUCAUCAUUGAGUUUAUUAAUACCUUCCGUAUCGGGCCUCAGCAUAUCCGAAUGGGCGUUGCCAAAUACGCAGAUUCGCCAAACCUGGAAUUUGAUCUGACCGAUUACACAGAUGCAUCCACGCUGGAGAAAGCUGUGGAGGAAAUUAGACAAGUAGGCGGCGGCACACAGACGGGGCAGGCCCUGGAAUUCAUGAGUCCACACUUUGAGAGAGCUGUGGUCACUCGUGGUCACAAAGUCCCCGAGUUCCUGGUGGUCAUCACGGAUGGAAAAUCUCAGGAUGAGGUCAAGGUUCCAGCAGAGCGACUGAGGAAGCAGGGUGUCAUUGUCUACGCCAUUGGGGUGAACAAAGCCGACGUGCCUGAGCUGCAAGAGAUUUCCGGUGACCCCAAGAGGACUUUCUUUGUCAAUAAUUUUGAUGCCUUAAAGAGGAUCAAAGAUGAAAUCAUCACAGAUAUCUGUUCUACAGACGUUUGUAAAGAUAUACCAGGCGACCUCGUCUUCUUGAUUGACAGCUCUGGAAGCAUCUAUGCCGAAGACUACACAAAAAUGAAAGAGUUCAUGAAAUCGGUCAUUAGGAAGUCCAUCAUUGGGAAGAAUGAGGUGCACGUAGGCGUCAUGCAGUUCAGCACUGUCCAAAGCCUCGAGUUCCCACUCAACGUCCACUACAGCAAAGAAGAAAUGUCGACAGCCAUCGAUAGCAUGGAGCAGAUGGGUGGAGGCACGUACACGGGCAAAGCCAUAAGAGAAGUAUCUCAGUAUUUUGAUGCAGCCAGAGGAGGACGGCCCAGCCUGAGGCAGAGGCUAGUGGUCAUAACAGAUGGCGAGGCCCAAGAUGCAGUUAAACGCCCCGCUGAAGAUCUGAGGGCCAAAGGAGUGGUGGUCUACGCCAUUGGAGUGGUGGACGCCAACACCACCCAGCUGCUCGAGAUCAGUGGAUCCCCAGAUAGGAUGUAUGCUGAGAGGGACUUUGAUGCUUUGAAGGACUUGGAGAGUCAAGUGGCUUUGGAGCUCUGUGAUCCGGAGAGAGAAUGCAAGAAGACAGAAAGAGCUGACAUCAUUUUCUUGGUGGACGGCUCCACAAGCAUAACCCUGGAAAAGUUUCGAAGCAUGCAGAAGUUCAUGCAGUCGAUGGUGAACCAAACCACAGUUGGCAAAGACCUGACCCGCUUCGGUGUCAUCCUCUACGCGAAUGAACCCAAGUCUAUUUUCACUCUCAAUCAGUUCAGCUCCAAGCAGGAGGUUUCCCAGGCCAUAAAGGCUCUCAAAUCCCCGUAUGGAGACACGUACACUGGCAAGGCUUUGAAAUAUGCUCUACAGUUCUUUGAUGCUAACUAUGGUGGACGGGCAGAGCUGCAGGUGCCUCAGAUCCUCAUGGUAAUUACCGAUGGCGAUGCUACUGACCCACACAGUCUGGAUGAACCAUCUGUGGCUCUGAGAAACAAAGGGGUCACUGUCUUCAGUAUUGGAGUAGAAGGAGCCAACAAGAAACAGCUGGAGGUCAUGGCUGGUCAAGAUAAAGCCAGAGUUUUUUACGUGGAUAACUUUGACGCCCUGGAAAAACUCUACAAAAACAUCACGCAAGUCCUGUGCAACUCCACCAAACCAGUUUGUGAAAAGCGAAGUGCUGACCUGGUCUUCCUAGUUGAUCAGUCGGGUAGCAUUAACCAAGCUGACUACGCCAUCAUGAAGAACUUCACCAUAGAUCUCAUCAACAGCUUCAAAGUCAGUGAAGAUUUAGUUCGCGCUGGGUUUGCCCAGUUCAGCGACAUUUUUCAACACGAGUUUUACCUCAACCAGUUCUACACUGAGAAGGAAAUGUCGGAUCACAUCUUGAAAAUGAGUCAGCGUGGGGGAGGAACCAACAUCGGACUGGCACUGACUUCCAUUAAGGAGUAUUUUCAGGCAUUGCGGGGCAGUCGUAAAUCUGAAGGCAUCUCCCAGAAUUUGGUGUUGAUCACAGAUGGAGAAUCGCAAGAUGAUGUUGAAGACCCUGCCAUCGAACUGAGGGAUCUAGGAAUCGAGGUGUUUGCUAUCGGCAUUGGCGAUGUCCACAUUCUGGAGCUGCUGCAGAUCACCGGCACACCGGAGACGCUCUUCACUGUGCAGAACUUUGGCAGCUUGGAAAAUAUCAAGCAAAAGGUGGUCGACACCAUCUGCAAAUCCAAACCCAUCAAAACUCGAUCAUCCUGCACCAUCGACAUCGCCAUGGGAUUCGAUAUUUCUAGAAGAAGAAAUCCAAAUGAGGUGCUGGUCAGCGGCCACAACCAGCUCAGGACCUCCCUGCCAGAGAUUGCUAAUUACGUUUCCUCAGUACAAGGCCUGUGCUGCCUCGGCGCCGAGCUCAUCAAACCCAACGUAGCCUAUCGAAUCGUGAGCCGCGAUGGAAACACAGUGGAAGACUUUAGCUUUGUGGAGUACAGUGACGGCGUGGUGACCAAAGUCAUGGACUUUAAUUUAGCAGAGCCUACGUACUUCAACACAGCUCUGCUCAGAUCCUUUGGGGAGAAGUUCAAGCUGCAGUCCAAAGCUGGUGUGAAGGUGCUGGUGAUCUUCUCAGAUGGAUUUGAUGAAGAUGUGGUGAUGCUGGAGAACGAAUCGGAGCUGCUGAGACAGUCUGGCGUCAACGCUCUGCUGAUUGUGGCUCUCGAGGGAGCGCGUUACCCCGCCCAGCUGCAGAUGGUGGAGUUCGGUCGAGGUUUCGGCUACAAACUUCCUCUGAGCAUCGGCAUGCCGAGCAUCGGCAGCACCAUGGCCAACCAGGAGAUCCCGGUGAUGAGGGCGCACCGGGACCAGACGGACCGCGAGGAAUGCCGGGUCAGGACGGUCGGGAUGGUUACGGACCCGCGGGCCCCCGAGGUGCAAAGGGCGAUCCCGGUUUCCCUGGUUACCCUGGUCUUCGGGGCGAGGAGGGGCUGCAGGGACCGAAAGGAUAUCCAGGGCCCAAAGGGAACCGCGGCCGAGGGGGUAACGCGGGUUUGCCGGGAGAGUCGGGAGUCCCCGGAGAACCGGGAUAUCCGGGACACAGGGGCCCCCGAGGUUCUCCUGGAGGCAAAGCCAUGACUGACUGUCAGCUGAUCACCUACAUCAGGGACAACUGUGCUUGCUCUGCUGAUCAGUCGGCGUGCCCGGCCUACCCCACCGAGCUGGUGUUCGGUCUCGACAUGUCUGAUGACGUGACCCCGGGGGACUUUGGUAGGCAGCGCUCCGCCCUCCUCUCCCUGCUGAAUGACAUCAGUAUCGCAGAGAGUAACUGCCCGCACGGCGCGCGUGUCGCUGUGGUGGGAUACAACACCUACACCAAGUACCUGAUCCGCUUCCAGGACUACCGGCGCAAGGCACAGCUGCUAGAGGCCGUGAGGAACAUCGCCCAGGAGAGGACGUCCAACAAACGGCAGCUGGGCGCCGCCAUGCGCUUCGUGGGUCAGAACAUCUUCAAACGAGUCCGAGCAGGAAUAAUGAUGAGGAAGGUGGCCGUCUUCUUUUCUAGCGGGCCUACAGAGGGCGCUAACGACAUUGUAACGGCCAUGAUGGAGUACCGGGCCCUCAACAUUGUUCCAGCGGUCAUCUCUCUGAGGAACACUCCCGAUAUUGAACAAGCCAUGCAGGUUGAUGACUUGAGAAACUUUGUGUUCACGGUGCUGGGAGAACGGGCCACUGGGCUCAGGAAGGUCAGGAACUGCGCCAUCUGCUACGACCCCUGCAGGCGUGCAGAGGAGUGCGCCUUCAUCCAGGAACCAGUGCUGCCUCAGCAGGCGGAUGUGGACCUGGUCAUGGUGCUGGACAGCUCCAGGGAGAUCCAGGCCGAUGAAUACGCCGGUGCCCGGCAGCUGCUGAGCUCUGUGGUGGAGCAGCUGGCCGUGAGUCCACAGCCCCGCCGAGCCGGCCGCCAGGCCCGAGUAGCUCUGGUCCAACAGAGCACCAAGGUGGAGUUCGGCCUGCAGACCUACCAGAACGCUGGAGACAUGAAGACGUACAUGAUGCAGAACAUGCAGCGGCAGGGCGGCUCUUUGGCGCUGGGACAGAUGCUGGACUACACCCUGAGGGAGGUGCUGCUGAAGGCCGGCCAGUCGCGCAGCAAGAGGGCCGUCCUGACUGUGGUGGGCACCAAGACGGCCUACAGAGACCAGGCCAAGCUGCGCUACAUCUCCCAGAAGGCCAAGUGUGAGGGGGUGGCGCUGUUUGUGGUGGCGGUGGGUGAUCGUUACAACCGGAUGGAGGUGGAGGAGCUGGCCAGCGUGCCGAUACAGCAGCACCUGAUCAGACUCGACAGGCUGAAGGCCGACGAGCAGGGCUACGCCCAGCGCUUCAUCAGGGUCUUCCUCUCCGCCCUCAACAAGGGAGUCACCUCGUAUCCUCCUCCCUCUCUGAGGCGAGCAUGUGACCAGCUGGGCGGCCAGGAGGGAGGACAGAUAUUCAUAACGGGUCAGGGUGUGGCACAGCUGGAGGACGUGUUUGGAGAGGAGGUGGAAGAGGACUUCCAGGAGCAGACUGGAGGACAGAUUCAGACUGGGCAGCUGGACGUCAUCGACGCUCUGAUCAGAGGAAAUGGCCAGAAAGUCAUCUCUGACACGCACGUCAAAGCCCGGUGUCAGCUGCCCGCUGAUAUCGGCAACCAGUGUAAGAAAUACGCCACAGCCUGGUUCUUUGACACAAACGUCGGUGCAUGCUCUCGGUUCUGGUAUGGCGGCUGCGGCGGCAACGCCAACCGCUUUAGAACGGAAUAUGAAUGUUUCCAGACAUGUGGGAACCAGCAUCCCAAUGUGGUGGAGAAGACUCUGCCUGCCAGCUUCGCCUCUAAAGAUUCCUGUAUCCUCCCUCAGGACCGGGGCAGCUGCGACAACUACACGAUGAUGUGGUUCUUUGACGCCGCACAGAAGGAGUGCGCUCGCUUCUGGUACGGCGGCUGCGGCGGCAACAAGAACCGCUUCCUGACGCAGGAGGAGUGUCAGAGCCUGUGUGGGACGAAGAUCAGAUGAGGAGGACGAGAGCGUCACGGCUGAACAGGCAUAAGGAAACCUGCCGAGGCCACUCAAUGAAUUAGUCACAGCAUUUACCCGCCCUCCCCCGCCACCAUCAGGGAAACGGCUCGAACGCUUUCAGUCAUCUGUCGCCUGCUUUUUGUUUGUUUACACGCAUGUUCGAUUUAAAGCGGCCCAGAAAGGUCACAGGAACGAUCGCCUAAGUCUCAGUCCCAGCAGGUGUGACCUGUAACAGCUGACACGGUCGCUGCUCAUCGCACUGGGUUGUCCUCGUCCACAUUAGGAAACAUAAAAAAGUGAGACAUACAAAUUCGGGACUUGCAGUUUGUACAGUUAGCCUCAGUCAAAGAGGCCACGCCCCCUGUAACGCAAACUUUAAAACAGGCUGGAAAGGUUUAACGUGCGAUUCUAUGGCGACUCACUCACUGCUGCCUCUGCUGGGCACAGGAGAGAUUGCAGGUUGGUGCUCAGUUCUCAGAGAUGCACAGUGCUGUAUCAUAAUCCAGCUCACAGGAAACGUGAACGUUACUGUGACCUUUCAGGGCCUCCGUGUUUUCCCUCCAGAGCACAUCCCGUUUCCCUCGCUGCUCGACUCCCCUCACAGACCCCGCCCACGCUCCUUUCCCUCCAGUCAGGUGCUACUUUUUAUAAAUCAGGUGGAGGCUGAUGUGAGAACAAGGUUAAGACUUGAGAGAAGUUAAUGUGUUGAUGUGUAAUUUUCCAUGAACCUGAAGCAGCAUUAAAAACACAGGUAGAAGUGAAGCGUGUACAGUAUCGCUCCCACAGACGGGACUGUGUGGACUCCAUGUAACUGCAGCUUUCACACGUCAACGAUGGUUUAAGAAAAUAAAAUGAUCUCAAGUGUC